GUGCGUUUGUUAUUUGCCCAACAAUGACAAUUUUAUAUAAUUUUUUUGUUCUGGUUUACGUUUCACAUUUUUAUUAAUGUCAGAAAAGCCUUCGAGCGUAUUUCAGGAUAGUUUCGUGUGGUUCAAUUUUAUUUGAUAAAUAAUGCGAAGGAAACUUCAACUGGAAGGUAGUUGCGUGAUUAUUUUUGUCAAAGUAAAAUUCAUAAUUUAAAAAUUGGUAACGCUUGGAAUUCUAUAAAUAUCUUAAAAACAAUAAAUAUGCUGAAAUUUAUUAGCCAUUUUUUGAAUCAAUGUGAUCUGAUCUGGCUGUAUCUUUGGAUUUUUUUUAUUUCCUUAUGACCGAAGAAAACCUAACUAAUUCUGAAUAUUCGUAUUUCCAAAAUUAACUUCUCUUUAUGCUUUAGUACUAUUUGUAAGCAUUCGUCGUUGUUAUGUGCAACAUUUUUGUCAUUUUGCGAAUUAAUACUUAAACAAUAAAUUUUGGCAUAAAACGUCUAACUUCUUGGUAAGUUGCGUUGUCACCAUCAUCGGUUUAAAAAGGCACGUUAUAAGCAUUUCAUGUGGUAGAGUGAUGUUUCAUUGGAAAAAUACUGCAAUCGUUUGGCUUGAUUUGAUUUAAAUCAAUAUAUAUUUACUUUGUUUUUCAAUUUUUAAACUGAAAUUAAAAAGAAAUAGUGUCCUAGGAUUCUGAAAUUUUAUAUGAUUUUUUUAUAUACACUCUUUUUUUCUUUUUGUUGCGUUACCAUGACACCGCGUGCGUGCGAGAUGUUUAUAUUUUACCCUUUGUGGUCCUCAAUCAAGCAAAAAUUCAAGAAAUAUUUGCUUCUAAACAAUAAUUAAUUAUUAACUGCCAUUUUAUUUCCAUAGUUACAGUGUUCACUUGGUUUGAAAAUAUAUUUUACGCGAGGUCCAAACUAUUUCUUAUAUUAAAUUAAGAAUAUUACUUAUUUUGGAACAAUUUUAAGGGAUAUACAUAUUUUUACGUUUAUGGAAAAACAAUUGUUUGCAACUGACGUACAAAACACCUUAGUUAUUUCGAAUACUUUUACGAUAUACAGACAUUUUAAAAUUUGUCCUGGAUCACCACAAUAACAAUUCGUUUACCAAAUACAAAUAAAUUCGGUUUUUUGGCAUUCUUCCAUGAAAAAUCCCGAAGUUUACAUCACUGGCACUAGCAAAAACUAUUUUUUUUAAUUUCGAGUUAAUCGGCCAAAAUUUUGUAUUAUAUACAUAUAGGUUAUGUGAAAAACAAUUGAUAGCGAUAGUAACAGUUAAGCAUAUGAAUUUAUUAAGUUCAUUUAUUUAUUAUUUCUAAUUUUAUUUUUAAUUUUUGAGUCAAAGUUUAAGGGCAAUAAACGCAUAGAUCAAGAAUAUGUAAAACGAAUCGAGAUAAUUAUAUGGAAUCAUACAACAAAGGACAUUAGCUGCUUGAUAUAUCAAAAAGCUGAUUGAUUCGAUGUCAAAGAUUUGGAACCGGUUUCCGGCAUCGUUGAACUUAUCGUGUGAAGUCAGGGAUCGUUAAAUAUACAUAUGAAGGGUAUUUUUCAAGACAUUAAAUAUCAAAUGUCAAACCUGGAAACGAGCUUUAUUAGCCAGCGCUUAUCUAAGCUGGUACUGCGGUUUGUCGCACAAAAUGAUUUGCCAAUGUUUCGAUAAUUUCAAAGAAAUAAUACUUAAAACAUAGUUAAUUUUGCCUAUCCGCUUGAGGUCAGCUCUAUUCGUUCUUUAUUAAUGAUUGUUUGAGCUUCCGUGACGGUCUUAUACAUUGUGAUUUUAUUUAGGUGCAAUUAGAAUGUCUAGGUAUACUGCAUCAGCUGCAUACGAAAGUUUGACAGGAAAUUUAAAAAGUUAUAUCAGUUUUCAGGCUGCCUUGCGUUUAAUAUUAAUGAGGUUCGCCCGCAAAGAAAAUUUAACUGUCAUGUCGUCUACCGUAUAUGGAGAAAAUCAAUCUUAACCGAUUUUUGUCAUUUAAUAUUUCAUGUUCCUAAAAGUAGGUUACAUUAUUAUUACAGAUACCUGCCGCCAACGCUUUUUCACUGUUACAAAUAGAGAUUCGAUCGAAAGUAAGCGACCCGUGUUAUCUUUGUCCACUUAUCGCCCCAGAAUCGGUCGGAACUUUAGUAUAAAAUUCAACUUCGCUUAAAUUGCAUUUCUUUUUAAAAUCACGUUAUUUAUCGGUUCUGAAUUUGAAAAAUUUGUCAAUUUGACUAUCCACUCAAAAAAUUAAAAAAAAAAGUAAUAAAAAAAACCAUUUAACAACUUGACGAAAGUAUAAUUAAUUACGGCGCUCAAGGUUCACAUGUCCAAUUAAAAUAUUGUUUUAAAUAAGUUAAUUGAUUUAAACAAAUUUUUCGCCUAGUGUAGGAAGUAUAAACAGUAAACAUAUCUUUAACUCAUUUUGACUUCCAUUUGACAAAAUCACAAAAUUAUUUAAAUACUCCUUACAUUUGUCUUUUGUUGUUUAAUGUGAAUAUUCUUUAAUUAACUGAAUUAAAUAAAUCGGAUAAUUUAGUAAAUUAAAACAUCUUCGGUCGUGUAGGAAAUGGAUAUGGAAUUUUCUUUUUAAUUUUUCUGUCCUUUUUAUUUAUUACGGUUGAGUGACAAUGUUCUUAUAGUGGAUAAGUUGUGUUAUUCACCUGCAAAUAGUAAUUUUUCAGGCUUUAAAAGUAUGAACACAACCUAUACAAACAUAUUUAAUCGACAAUAGUUCUUUUUAGCAAUAGAAAACUGCAACAUGAUUUUCCUUAAAUACAAUAAGACUAAAACUAAAAAAAUAAAAGUAAAGUAAAAUUUAUUUUAAAAAUAAAAAUAAAAUAAAAUACAAUUUGAGAAACUUAUAUCGCAAGCGGAAAUGACAUGGAUUUAUUAUUUAUUAUCUCCGAGAGAUUGAUUUUCCGCAGGAAAAAUUUAUUAGUUCCCUGUGUUUACUAUCAAUCUCCGAUAAUCCUAGAGAAAACAAUAUUUACUUUAAUAAGUAAUAAAGUUCUAGGCACGAACAUCUCCACAGAUUAUUACCUCUAUACGAUGUAAUUUUUUACUUCGAAUCUUUAAAAACAAUAAAAUUGUGAUAUAAAAAGAUCUUCCAAAAAAAUUGUUAGAAGGAUGCAGUUUAAAAACUAAAGUAUUCGAAAAUUACGUAAAAUGGAUAAUGGUGAGAGUCAACAUAGGAACGUGGUUAGGGUAAAAUCCAUCAAAAGACACAAUCAGGUCCAGCGAGAAGCGGAAGAGGAGGUUAAUAUGGAAAAUAAUGAUGUUCAUAUUAAAACAGAAGAAGAAAUUCUCGACCCCUACACUAUUAAACGUAGAGAAUCGAUGAAAAAUAACGUUUACGACAUUUACGUAAAGGUAAUGCUUUUAGGAGAUUCCGGCGUGGGAAAAACUUGCAUGCUGAUGAGAUUUCGCGAUGGCUUGUUUCUAUCCGGAAAUUUCAUAUCAACCGUUGGAGUCGACUUUAGGACCAAAGUGGUAGAAGUAGAGCAGACAAAAGUGAAACUCCAAAUUUGGGACACCGCGGGACAAGAAAGAUUCAGGAGUGUUACCCAUGCCUACUACAGAGACGCACACGCAUUGCUUUUACUGUAUGACGUCACAAAUAAAACUAGUUUUGACAAUACGAGGGCGUGGCUUGGCGAAAUUCACGAAUAUGCGCAAGAUGAUGUAGUAAUAAUGUUACUUGGCAAUAAAGCUGACUGUGGUAGCGACAGGGCUGUUAGAAGAGAAGAAGGCGAACGUCUAGCCAGAGAAUACAAUGUCACAUUUAUGGAGACGUCGGCAAAAAGUGGACAGAACGUGGACUUGGCAUUUCACGCAAUAGCUAAAGAACUGAAAUAUCGACAAACUGGUCAAAAAGAUCCCAACAGGUUCAACGUUCAAGACUACGUAAGGGAGCAAACUCAAAGCUCUACACAGUGUCCGCCUUGUAACUAUUAAUAAAUGUAGAUUUUAUUUUUACAAGCCUAAAACCCCCAGCAGCAAGCAAGCAAGAACUGCAGCUGCUCUAAUAAUGUCUAAUCUAAACUAGUAAUAUCCGGGAACACAAACCAUCGAUAAAUUAAAAUAUGUAUCAGUAUAUCAAUCGAUUUGAAAUAUAGACAAAUAUUAUAAGCACAAUUCUUUGAUAGUUAAAAUUGAGAUUGAAAUAAUAUUAUUAAUAAUUAAAAAAUAAAUAAAAUUAUUACAAAAUAUUUGAAAUGAGUAUAAACUUUAGUUGUACACUAAAGAGUAAUAACACACGCAAAAUCAAUUAGUUUUGGGUUUAGUGUGGGGAUCAUUGAGAAUCAAUCGCGCCUGACCUGACACGGCUGCGUGUGACGUCACGGUAGUGGCCGAGAAUGUUUGCAGAUAUUAAUUGAGGUUUACCCCGGCCACGCGAAAAUAAUUUCUUACAAUAAACGUGAAGUAAAAUACCUACGUACUGCAACAAGAAAUGAACAACUUCGCUUUUCUUAGGUCAAUCUAUCUGAUAUUUAUUAUUUACAUUUAACUUAUUUAAAUUUAGCAUUCUUUUUUUUAUAAAUUGUCAUGAUUGUUUUUCACUUUCCGAUAAUUGUCAAUCAGUUCGAACAUACCUGACAUUAGUGCUCUUUCCGAUUUUAAGAUCAUCUAAUUUGAGUUCUUCUAAAACAAGUGCCCGCACACACAUUAAAAACUUAUUUUUAUAUCUUCCCAAAAACAUUUUUGAGAAUAAGCUGUAGGUAUUUACAAUGAUUAGUAGCAGUAGCUUGAUUUAAUUGUUGGUUGUUGUUAGCCAGGCCCCAUAGACUGUCUAUAGUCGUAUAGUGAUUUAUGGCUUAUUUUGCAUAGCUCUAUAAACAAAUUCAAGUAACUUGAUUAAUUUCAAAUGAAAGCAAGCAAAAUGUUCGGUUCUGGUCAUGUUAUUUUUAUGUGAUAGACGUUCAUGUUCUUAAACUUUUAUGAAAUUUUUGUUUGUUUGGACACGAAGGUCUAUUGUGAUCAGCUUUUGCCUCUUGUUUAUGUUUUGUGCGUAAUGAAGCGAAAAGACCAAACUUUGCUGCAACUCUUCAUGUUAAAAAAAUAAUAAAUAAUAAAUAAAUGUUGAUUUUAGAUAGUGUUUAAGAAAAUUGAAUCUAAUUGUGUAAUUAUGAGU